GCGGGGCGGAAAGAGAGUCUAACUCGUCCCUCUGAACUCGUCCAGUCUCACCAGAGACGGCUCUGAGUCUCACUCCGCCUUCGUCGUUCCCCUGAUUGUCAAUCCUUCCAAACUGCUUUUCUAACGCGCGUUAGCCUAUCCAAAAAACGAAUAUAUUGCCUUUGAGCUCUAACGUUGAUGGCAGAACGUUCUAAUCUACUUCAGAGAGGGCAACAGCAGGUGUACACAAUUCCUGCUACGCAGAGGCCUGAUGGCACUUGGAGGAAGGCGAGGCGAGUAAAAGAGGGCUACAUACCUCAAGAGGAGGUUCCUGUCUACCAAAGUAGAGGCAAACAGUGGGCACAAGAUCAAGCGACACAUUUCCUGCAACAAGACGACACCAUACAAUCAACGUCAGACGUUACUAGAAGCAAAGCACAGAAGAAGAAUGAAAAACGAAGGCAAAAGAAGAGGGAAACUCAGAGAAAGGGCGAAUGCGAAUCUCAGAGCUCUACGUUUGUCGAUCAGCUAGACGAGGAUUUCAGACAUCUGUCUGUCAGCAAGAAAGACGGAGAGCAAUCAAGACAGGAAGAGAUGCCAGUGACUGAUGCUGCAAAGAGAGCUAGAAACUUGAAAAAGACAUUAAGACAGAUAGAAGAACUGCAAGCUAAAAUUGAUUUAGGUGAAAUCGGUAGCCUAAGCAUGGAGCAGCACGAGAAAGUCGGUCGAAGGGACGCCAUCCUAGCAGAAUUGCAAGCAAUAGAAGAAAGCAGCUAGAUGAGAAUAUAGUUAUUGCCCUCGGUAUACAGUGCACUGUACAAAUGGUGUGUGGUGUGGCGUGGUGUGGUGUGGUGUGGUGUUGUGGUGUGGCGUGGUGUGGUGUGGUGUUGUGUUGUGUUGUGUUGUGUUGUGUUGUGUUGUGUUGUGUUGAGUUGUGUUGUGUUGUGUACCAUUUUGACCAGCAGUGUAGGAUUUUAUUAUGAGCCGUCUUAAAUUGAGAGUCAUCUUCAAAUUUGUCAGCAAUCUUAACUAUAUGUACAAAUAUAAGAUUGAAAUGAAAGCUAAGUGCUAGUGAUGACUUGGCUAAUAGUGGUAAAGUGAUUAACAACGAGAUAACAGUAAAUCAUGAUCAAAUACAUGUAUCCGCUUUCUUCUA